UGUUAGAAAGCGCUCGUCCUUGUGUUGCCCCUAUUCUUCGUCCCUGUUUGUUUGCGCACAAAAAGUAUAAAUAUGAAUAUGUUCCAACUAGGCCAUCUCGCAGUUAUGCUUCAGUUCUUGAUUAACCUCCCAAGAACUUGAGCUAUUACCGACAUCUGUCAUCUUUGACGGCGUUAUAUGAGGUAAGCAAAAAAAAAAACAAACAAACUUUCGCAUGCAUGGGAUACGCCACUAAACAUAAGCUAUUCAUUACCCGUUUAUGUUUUUUUUUUCUGUUUUGACCCCCUGAGUAAGAAAAGACGCUAUGCAUCAGAAGCUAUGCCGUACACAAAUAUCAAAGAAAAAAAAAUUGUCCGUUCUUUGUUGGCGCAGUUAACGGGGUUGCCGUUCAGUGUUGUCUUACACGAAAUAUCACCAAGGCAAACAAUCACACUCGUACGCGCACCACGCGAAUUCAGUCUGCCUUGGAAUACCGCGGCGUCCUAAUGAAAUGGUCACGCUGUGCAGGCUAGCGGCGCUUGGCAUAGAUCCCGCCUUCGUCGCUCGAGAGGGUUGCCGGAAGUCUUUCAUUGCGCCCCUGAUGAUUCCUAGGCGCCGUAUAAAUUGCUUCGCAAGGACAGAAACCUCGAGUAAGCAGCUCUCACGCGCCGACGGAGGCAGCAGCUUCUGCGGGCACGCUAAGCGCGUAGUCGGCCUGAGCGUAAGACAGCGUAAAACCAAUAACCACGAGUGAGCCCGAAUAAGAGAAUAUGGGUGAGAGCAGCGACAGGUGCCGGUGAGUGACACAGCGAACCGACGUGCAGGGAGUAUGCGCAAACGGUCGCGGAGAGCGGAUAAUCAGAAAGAAACGUCCCGUCUGCAGCUGUGAAGACGGCAGCUCAUGGAGUUCUCGUGGUCUGGCCGGCAGCUCCCAUAUAGCCCCGAUAUGGAUGGCAUCGGACCGCUCUUCUACGUAGCGUUCGCCGUCCUCCUUGUAUCUGGAGUCGUUGGCAACAUGUCUGUGGUGCUCAUGGCCUGCUGUUACGGCCGUGUGCGGACGCCCGCCGGCCUCUAUGUUGUCAACGUAGCCGUCGCGGAUCUACUCAUCUGCACCUUCGGUGUGUUACUUGACCCCGUGUCAGUGCUCCUGCGUCGCUGGCCCUUUGGCGUAGUGCUUUGCUACGCGUGCUCCUUUUCCGAGCACCUUGGAGUGUUUGUGCACGGCUACACGCUCGUUGUGGCCGCCGCUCGCUUCGUCGCCGGCGCACCUCCCAAGCCGGGGUCUUGCCACCUGAACAACGUCGGCGUCUGGUUUCUGGGCACAGUCGUCUGCUUGCCUCAUAUGCUGCUCAUCGAUUCUCGCGCGCUGGCUGUCCACGGGCAGUGCGUUGUCAAGUGGCCCGGGACUGUCAAGAUGCUGGAGCCGUUCGUCUCCUUUGCCGCGAUUGCUGCAUUUCCAUUUCUGCUGGUCACAGUCUCGUACGCCUGGCUCCGAGCGUCCCUGUGGCUGGGCAGAGGCACGAGGCGUUCGUUUGUGCGGCGGGCGAGCAUAGUGCGUGUCUUUUGGCUCAUGUCACUACUGCUGCUGCUUUGUCGGACACCCCUGCACGUGACCCGGUGCCUGCUUGGCGUGUGGACAGCUAUGAGGGCCAGUACACACCUCACCGUGGUGGUACUUGCCACGAGGGCAAUCGCCGCCGCUGUCGUCUGCUUCACGGCAGCCUUCUUUUUCGAUCUUAGUGCCAAGCAACUUUCGAGAAGGGUGAGACAGGUGCCCUCGGUAGCGGCAAACCACGGCUCAUAAGGACGAGUGUACACCACUAUCUGGCUAGAACGGCGACUUUUACAGUAAUUUCUUAUCGCCGAGUGUUACGAUUCAAGCACGUAUGUGAACUUUGAUUAACUAUUGCUCAUCGUAGACCUGUUUUGCAUUUUAUAAGGUGCUGGCAAGCUCGAAUUUAUGCACAUUGUACUGCUGCGCUAUGUGCGAAGUGUCAUUUGUGCAUGCGCAGGAACCCACAACAUCGUUUCGCUGAGCCCCGCUAAGGGGCCCUAAUGUUAAGGAACGUUAAUUGUGCGCCCUCAUACGUGGCUCUAUUAAGCGCCCUAAUGCGCAGGAACGUUGUUGUGGCUUCCUGCGCAUGCAGAAAGCCACAACAACGUUUCGCUGAGGCUCUCUAAAGCGCUCCAAUAGAAGUACACUGUAUGUGUGUUCGCAAAUUAUUUUGUCGAUGGCGCGGAAGCAUGAAAUUAUAGUUCUGUCGCAUAAUUCGCUUCAAAGUGUCGGCCGAUGUUUGCACUUAACGCAUACUACGUGGAGAUCAACUUCCUUUUUAUGCAUUUAUAUGUUUAUUCAUGUUACCUCUAUAA